GUUAUCGUUUGUGCUGCUGGCAGAAUAAUAGUCGCUGUAGGCCUAUUCAACUCAAGAAAGGGCGGCGGCAACCUAACGGACAAAACAAGCGUCACCAACGUCGCAUUGGCACAUUAAUAACGUGCAGUAAUGAUGAAGCUCAGCUCUCCUCUGGCCGUGCUGUGCCUUUCUCUCCUGCUGCUCAAUGCCCACCUGUCCCUGGCCAAGAGAGGGGGAGGAGGCUUUGGUGGUAAAUCCAGCAUAGGCUUUGGGAAGAAACCUUCCUCCACCUCCAACCGUGGAGGCAGCAACACCCAACGCAGACCCAACCAAGGGACCAAUAACCAGCCAGGGAACUACCCUCGCCAGCCCCAGAGCCCACAGAACCCCCAAGCAGGGUACCCGCAGCAACCAGGAGGUUAUCCACAGCAACCAGGGGGGUACCCUCAACAGCCAGGCAGGGCAGGAUACCCUAACCAAGGUGGCUACCCUAACCAAGGUGGCUACCCUAACCAAGGUGGCUACCCUAACCAAGGUGGCUACCCUGCUGGAGGAUAUCCAGCUGGAGGCUACCCAGGGGGCUACCCGGCAGGAGGCUAUCCAAACAGAUACCCAGCUGGUGGAGGCUAUGGUGGAGGCUAUGGUGGAGGCUAUGGUGGUGGUUAUGGAGGGGGCUACAUGAACCAAAACCCCAACAACCGGAUCCUUAGCCCUGGCUACGGGGGCAGUUACGGCUAUGGGGGGUAUGGUGGUGCCGGUGGCUCCCCGUUCUCCCGCUCCGUGCAGGGGAUGGGGAUGGGACCCUCGCAGCAGUCCAGGGGGUUUGGGCGUAAUGCAGCGAUGGCGGCCGGGGCUGGGGUUGUGGCUGGGAUGGCUCUGGGUUAUGGACUGGGCCGGUUUCCCCGGCCUCACUUCGGCUUUCACAACCCCCAGGAGGAGUACUACUAUAACCACUACAUGUACAGGAGGUACGGCACCAAAUCCACUGAUGACAAUGACUACAGCAGGGACUACCACUUCAGCCCGCCUCCACAGUCCUAUGAUAACUACAUGAAGAACUGUAUGAAGAGGACUGACCUGCUGAGAGGUGGGGAGAAGGGUGGAUCGGAAACAGGAGCCAGGGAGAACUCACCACCACAGGGAGCUGCAGACAGCCCCAGCACUCAGGUAGUCGUACCCAGUGGAGGAGGCACUGCAGUCGGGGAGAAGAGUGAAGAGCCAGCCCCUGUUCCUGGAGGUUCCACCAAUACUACCGACCCCGGUUCCACCCAAGCACCAGGCAGUGGCCCCAGUAACAGCUCUGCCACAGAGGGCAGUUCCAGUGAGAGUAAUGUCACAGCUGAGAGUAACGGUACAGCAGCGACUGAGAAGCCUGUGACCCCUGAACCCUUGAACCCAAACCCUCAAACCCCCCCUCAUGCAGCCAAGCCCCUCCCUCCAGCCAUAGCUGAGCCUGAGGAUGAUGAUGAGGAAAAUAUAGUGAGCAUCUCUGAGAUUGGCUACCCAGCGCUGAUAGAGCAGAUGAAGGCUCGGAGGUGUGUGGAGCUUUACAUGGUGUACGCCGAACACUACCUGGAGAAAAAGAAGGAGGACAAGAAGAACACGCCCCGGGAAAGACCCAGAGGAGGAGUGGAGAGACUGGGAGGAGGAGGAUACCAGGGACUGCUAGCUGUUCUCACCUCUACUGCACUACUGCUGCUGAACAGCAACAUGCUACUACUGCACUGAGGCAGAGAGAGAGCAAGAAACAGAAAGAGAGGGAAAUAGAGGGAAGAAGGAGAAAG